CCUUACCUUCCGUACCAGCGGGUCUUUGAGAGCGCGUACGGUUGACGUUGUGAAAGCCUUGUGUUAAUCUUCAGUUUGAAAAGAAAAGGCAGCCAAUCAGGAAGAUGUAGAGCCACAGAUCAGAGAUCAACCAUCAGAGUCAGAAGCCCACAGCUCUCCAACAGCAAAAAAGGAGCAACAGAUACAUAAUGACACAAGUGACAUUGGAAUGGCACUCUACAGAAAAGAGUUAGUAUCUGGAUGAAAAGGAUUCUGGCUUUCAUUUCUGGAGGAGAUCUAACAUGUUAAGAAGAUUGUUUGGCAAGGUGCUGGGAUUCACAGGCUUUACUAUUCAGUAUGGCUGUAUUGCCCACUGUACCUUUGAAUACCUAGGAGAAAUUGUCAUGUGUUCCGGUCCUUCCAUGGAGCCUACAAUUAAGACAUAUGACAUAAUCAUCUCUGAGAAACUUAGUCGACAGUUUUAUCGCAUUGAAAAAGGUGAUGUGGUAAUUGCUAAAAGUCCCAAUAAUCCCAAAAUGAAUAUUUGCAAACGAGUGAUUGGUCUAGAAGGAGACAAAGUAUGCACAAGUGGUCCACUAGAUGCCUUUAAGACCCAUAGAUAUGUACCAAAAGGUCAUGUUUGGUUAGAAGGUGACAAUCUACAAAAUUCCACUGAUUCCAGGAAUUACGGACCUAUUCCUUAUGCCUUGAUUCGUGGUCGAGCAUGCUUUAAGAUUUGGCCACUGCACGAAUUUGGUCUCCUGAAAGAAAGCCCUAACAGCACUUCUCCACGAUGAAUUAAGUAGACGGCAAUGAUUUAUUUCUUAGUCAAACAGACAUUUAAAUGAAAACCAACUUUAAACCAGAUGUUUUCCAAUCAGAGACUUUUUAAGUACUGGAUAAAGUGGUGGCGAUUUUUGACCACAAUAUGCUGUAAUCAGAACUGUUUGCAAUAAUAAAGAUAAAAAAAUGCUACAAGAAGAGAACGAGGUGCACAAAGUGUUGGAGAAGCUGAGGAUCCACUAUUAACAGGGAAACCGCUUUGGUACUGUAUACCUUUUUCCCCAUAUUUACAUGGCAAAAGUGAAACCAAGAACAAUAGGCAAUUGGUAAUUUGCCCUUCAAAAUGUACAGGUAAAAUCAACUACAAUGCUCUGGCAUUGUAGUCCUAUACAAAGACAUUAGUGAACCAGUUGGGGUUUUAUGACAGUUACAGUUUUAUAUUCAUUUUUGUUACAAAUACCUUUUUAUUUACAGUUUUUUAAAAAAAAUUGAAUUCAAAUUUUCAACCCCUUGAGAGAGGGCUUAAAUUCCUAUUUUCCGAAUUACUACCACAGGCCUGUGGCCUACUUAUCCAGUAACAGAAUGGCGUAAAUGUCCAUUUGUAAAAGUUACAUGUGCUGCUAUUGGCUGAGAUUUCAGGAAAUCACAGGUGAAAAAUAUAAUGUUUAUAUUGAACUUGUACUGGUGCUGGGAAAUUCCUAAACCUGAAUGCCUGACCAGAAAAGUGGGUUUUCAUUUCACAUUCUGCAUAUUUUGGACAGAUUGAGGGAGUAGAGUGCCUUCUCCAAUUUUCCUAUCAUUUUUACACUGAAUAUUUACCACAAUUCAAAAUUCCUGCCUUCAGCUUUUUUAAGAUUUGAUUUCUUCGAUUAUGAGCCUAUUGCUAUUUAUGUUGCAGAACCAUAUCUAUUGAAACAUAAGCUGCUAAAUCCACUUAUAAUGGAAGCUGAAUUCAGCAAUAAUGCAUAUCUUGCAUGUGUGAGAUUACAAUUGUUCCUAGCUAGACUUCACAUGUCUGGCUGGAAUCUAACUCAGGAAGCAGUAACAAGUCUACAGACACGAGUGAAUUAUUGGGCUGAAUGAGCUGGCUCAUUCUUGCCCCCAACAAGUAAACCCCAGCAAAAUGACUGUGGCAGCAACUGUUCAUACCUGCCAGGAUUGGGUUUGGCAUUGCUAGUUUUAUUUCAUCAACUUGCCUCUGACUAUUGUCAGUACAGGAAAUCUUGUAUUCUAAUGCUGUAAUCACUCUAAUUAUAUUUUCUCCGACAUGAUGUGAAAACAUCGAGCUAUGUCAAGGAUUUGUAUUGCAUUAUUGUAGGUGUUCACUCAUACCACAUCUUAAAAUGCCUCCAUAUCACAUACAAUGCCAAAUUUGCUCAGUUGGAUGCCAAUGUCUAAAUGUUAACUUAAGAUACCAAAACAGGUGCUAAAGGACAGCUGACAUCAACCAGUUUAUCUCAUUUAUGAAUGACUGCACUUGUGAUUGUGGGAUUUAUCUUGUAAAGAAUCAGACCAAACUCAAUGGGCUAAAUGGGCCUCUUUCUGUCUGAUAAACCCCUGUUGGUCAAUGUCUUUUGAUGAUAGAACACCUACAGCAUUUCAAAUUUCUGUAUUUUGUUGAUUUAGAAACAGAACUGUAGAAAUUAGUGUUGAA